AUGGCCAUUCUAGGGACUUGGGAAGUUUUUCUGUGUUUUGUCAAGCUUUCCACAGGCACAGACACAAGCAACAGUCAGCCCCUUCCACGUGACUCACGGUUGGGGGUGGUGACUGUAUAAAUAAUUUAAUCCGUGGAGAACAUCUGCCAAACUCCAGGAAGAGCUCCAAGAAGUUACACGCUGGUCAUUGAAAGCUCAUGAGAUUUGACCUCUGUUGACCAACUUAGGCCUCUGAGACAAGAUGGAGCACCUGGAGAACUCCACCCAGCUUUCCACACACAGUCCUCUUCACGCACAGGCGGGGCAAAGCAGCGGGACUGCCUACUUGUACAUUUUAAUCGUCAUCUCUUUCUACGGAGUCUUCCUCUGUGGAAUCAUGCUGGGCUACUUUCACUCCAAAAGGAAGGAGAAGAGGAGGACCAACAUCUUCACACGGCUCGUGCACGAGGAGGAGAAGCGGGAGUGGGGCACGCUCCCUAAGAAACACAGCCUCUGCUUCCCGGGGGAGGCUGUCACGGGAGUGCGCUCGUUGAACCUGGCUUUGCCCUUCUCUGGUAACCACGGCAACCCCUUUGGACAUCUUCGCCAUGAGGGCGGCGCACUGCCCUCUCCGCUCGCGUGCGCGCUCUGCACGGAGCAAAGCAGUGUCAGCUCUCUGUGCUCCUCUGCGGACACGCGCGUGGCCAUCGAGGAGGAGUCGGACAGCGGCAGCGGGGAGAGUCCGGAUGAGACCCCCAAGGUGACAGUGGAGAACAGACGGGAGGAUUCCGGCUGAAAAUGAAGGAAAGGAAGGAUCGCACGAAACCUUGUCAUGGGGGUUUGCAAAGACAAGAACCAAAGAUAAUCACACACUUAAGGACAGAUCACUGCGUUCAAAGAAAUAAUCUGGUAAACGUGGGCCUUCUGAUUCAAGUACUUGAGUAAACGUAAUAAAAAUGCAGUUUUUAUUUGCGAUGGAUGGAUGGAUGGAUGGAUGGAUGGAUGGAUGGAUGGAUGGAUGGAUGGAUGGAUGGAUGGAUGGAUGGAUGGAUGGAUGGAUGGAUGGAUUGAUUUGGGUGGGUGGUUGGGUGGGUGGAUGGAUGGAUGGAUGGAUCUAAUUGUUCAACUAUAAAAUAUUUAUAGAAAAAAUGCCAAGUUCAUUUUUUAUGAACAGUAUGAAAAAUGACAACAAAAACACGGUACCAUAGCGACCUGUCGAGGAUGUAUUGCUAUUACUGUCUGUACUCCGUCAACGUCAACUGGAAUAGGCUCCAGCUCACCUGUGACAAGAGACUUGGAAAAUGAAGGGAUGAUAAAUAAGUAAUCCUCUCUUGGGAUACAUUUUGGUCGGCUACAUCUAUUUGUAUUGUGUAGCGUUACCUACACGCAUCAGCUCUGAAAUUAUUCUUGUGACGCUAAAAUAAAUAAAGCCAUUUUAUGUUGACUAUUAUCACUGAUAAGUGCUUCACCACAACCAGAGAAUGGAUCUUUAGAGGGGAACUGGUAUUACUUUUUUUUAUUCCAAUAUAUAUGCAGACUGGUGAUUUAAUUGUGUAACCAAUGUGCAAAACAGAUUUUCACUUAUCCCAAUAAUGCUGUUGUGGGGUAGUGCACAAGAAAAACAAGCCAUUCUGCUGUGCUUACCGUAAAGUCAUUUCACUUGAGCUGUAUCGAUUGUAUUCAUUGUCUGUGCUGUUUAGCACGUGUUUAAUGUAAGAGUCAUCGGAAGUUUGAACAUAAAACAUCCAAUUGCUCUGGCUGCCUUCCUAAGUGGAUUGUGCCCCAUUUAUGUAAAAAAAAACUAUGCCUUCCCUCUCUGCAAACCCCUUUAGUUUGGGGUGAUGACUCAUCCUGCAGGAUAACUAACGAACCGGCCAUCUUCUUUUGGCUCAGUGGACUAAAACUGCAUUUUGUUCCUUUUCUCUUUUAUGCUCUAGAGCUGAAAUGCACCUGGAACGCACUUGAAAGAUUUUUAAUAGACUGUCAGUAAAUGUCGAUUUUUUUCUUGCUGA